AUGAGUGAAUCGAAAGUCAGUCCAACGGUGCAGCUAUCACAAUGGGUAUCUGACCUAAGACUCGAAGAUGUACCAGAACAAGUCCGUAUUCGGGCAAAGUAUCUCAUUCUCGAUGGCCUCGCAUGUGCAUUCGUCGGAUCCCACCUCCCUUGGUCUGAGAAAGCAGCAAAGGCGCUCCUCAACCUCGAGCCAACCCAGGGCGACACCUCCCUCGUCGGCUGGGGAGGACGCAAAGCCACUGCUCUUACCGCAGCGCUUCUAAAUGGUACCUUCAUUCAAGGCUUUGAGCUAGACGAUUGGCACAGCGAAGCUCCUCUUCAUUCAAACAGUAUCAUUCUUCCAGCCUUGCUUGCUGCUGCCCAACACGCUCCUCAAUCCACUCUGUCUGGGAAGGAUCUCUUGCUCGCUACUAUCGCGGGUUAUGAGACGGGACCACGUGUAGGACGGUCUCUCUGGGGAACACAUGUUCUUACCUCAGGUUGGCAUUCGGGUGCAGUCUUUGGCCCUGCUGCCGCUGUCGCCAGUGUAAGCAAGCUCUACGGACUGGACGCGGAUAAAAUCGAAGAUGCAUUUGGAAUAGCAUGUACUCAAGCAUGCGGUCUCAUGUCCGCCCAGUUCGAAAGCGAUGUCAAGCGUAUGCACCACGGAAUGGCAGUGCGGAACGGUCUCAUGGCUACUAUCCUCGCACAAGGUGGCUAUGUAGGCAUCAAGCAGGUUUUUGAGCGUGAGUAUGGUGGUUUUCUGAGACAAUUCAGUUCUGGAAAUGGAAAGACCCCUCAAUACCGAGUUGAAGAGUUGACGAGUGAGUUGGGAAGCAAGUGGCAGACGGAGGGGAUUCGUGUGAAGCUGUACGCUGCUAUGGCUGGUACACAUCCCAGCAUCGACUGUGUCCAUCAUCUACAAGACCAAAACCCUGACAAGAUGAGAAGUUUCGAUGAGAUCAAGAGGAUUGAGAUUUUGCUUGGGGAAGCUGCCUUUCAUCACGGUGGAUGGAAAGCCGAGAGGCCACUCACUGCGACUGGAGCACAGAUGAGUAACUCAUUCACGACUGCAACACAGAUUGUCCAUGGACAGGUUCUCAUGCCGCAAUUUACACCCGAGAUGCUCAAGAAUGAACAAGUCUGGAGACUCGUCAACUUGACAGAGUGUAAACUGCAUAUCACUGAUGGUGAUUCGAUCGGCGCCCAAGAAGUAAGGAUCGAGUUUCAAGAUGGGACAAUCCUGCAUCACGCUGUACCCAAUGCUUUCGGUGUCGAUCCGCCGUUGUCUAAUGGGGAUAUUCUAACCAAGUGGAGGGAGUUGACGAAGGAUAUUGUUGAUGAGAAAGUAGUAAGCAUGAUUGAGAAGGUGGUGCUUUCUUUGGAGGAACAGGGUGAUAUUGAGGGGCUUUGCGAGCUUCUUGGCCAGAGCUCGAAGAAUCCUUUGUCUAACUAG